CUUUUGUAUGGUCAUCUGGAUUCUUCUCUCUGAAGUGACUGUUGAGGCGUCAGGUAUCAGAGUGUCAGGACAUGUUGGAGGAUCAGUGGAGAUCCCGUGUUCUCACCUGUUUGCUGACAACAACACAAAGUAUUUCUGCAGAGAUCCAUGUAAUGAAGAUCAGCACAUUUUGAUUAAAUCUGGUCAGUCACCUACUGGAAGAUACAGACUGGAGGAUUCAGGGAAUGGAGUCUUCACUGUGGUCAUCACUGACCUCCAAAAAUCAGACACUGGAACUUACUGGUGUGGAGUGGACAGAUAUCUGAAGGACACACAUCACAAGGUGCUACUCACAGUUACAGAUGCUCCCUCCCCCCACACAUACCCACCCAAAGCUACUCCAACAGCUGCUGCUGUAAGAACAGUGAGAUCUAAGUUCUUCACCUCCUCUUCAUCCACUUUCCCUCCCUCCACCACCUCACCAUCCACCACCUCCUCCUCCACACCUAAACCAGCAUUUCCAGCUCAGCACAAUGUCUCAUCACCUACCAGAGUUGUCCUGUGUAGCCCAUCCACUCUGGCCAGGGAAAACUGGAUAUCGAGGCUUUUGUUCUGGAGAAUAGCAAAGACACCAUCUGAAUAUGAGAAGAUGCCGUGGAAGGUUUUCAACCAAAAACAGAAAUCGAAGCUGUGAAGGAGGGUGAUGAAUCCAACAGCGCAAUGGACAGUGUCAUCAUCAAACUCCAUGUGGUGGUCUAUGAUGUGUUCAAACACCUAGGAGAGUUACAUGACUUUUAUUGUACAGAAACAACAUCCUU